UCCGCCGCCUCCGCCGCCGCCUCUGCCUCGCCUGCCACCGGGGUUUGUAUGAAAACACCGGGCGGCUGGCGGCGAGGGAUCUGCCGUGAGCCGGGUGCCGAGCCCAGUGCUGCGGCUGUCGCAGUCCCGCCAGCGCCUCAUUCUGAGCCGAUUACCUGCAAUGGUGAAAUGAAGUAACUCAAGAUGAGCAAGUUAAAAGUGAUAUCAGAGAAAAGCCUUACCAAUAAUUCUCGGAUUCUGGGACUCCUGGCUCAGCUGGAGAAGAUCAACACUGAGUCUACAGAAUCAGAUGCUGCCAGACAUGUUACAUCAAAAAUUCUUCAUCUGGCUCAAAGUCAGGAAAAAAUAAGGAGAGAAAUGACAGCCAAAGGUUCUACAGGAGUGGAAGUUCUGCUAUCAACAUUAGAGAACACAAAAGAUCUUCAAACUGCACUCAAUGUCUUAAGCAUUCUUGUUGAGCUGGUAUCAAGUGGUGGAGGUCGGAGAGCGAAUGUCUUAGUUUCCAAAGGAGGUUCACAAAUAUUGUUACAGUUGCUUGUGAAUGUCAGCAAAGAAUCUCCCCCGCAUGAGGAGUUAAUGGUACAGAUUCAUUCUAUUCUUGCAAAGAUUGGACCAAAAGAUAAGAAAUUUGGAGUGAAAGCAAGAAUUAAUGGUACUCUGAAUAUAACUCUGAAUUUGGUCAAACAGAAUUUGCUGAACCAUCGGUUAGUUCUACCCUGUCUUCAGCUUUUACGAGUAUAUUCUACUAACUCUGUGAAUUCAGUAUCUUUAGGGAAAAAUGGAGUUGUGGAACUAAUGUUUAAAAUCAUCGGACCAUUUAGUAAGAAGAAUUCAGGUCUUAUGAAGGUUGCUUUAGACACACUUGCUGCAUUGCUAAAAUCAAAAACAAAUGCCAGGAGAGCUGUAGACAGAGGAUAUGUCCAAGUGCUUUUAACAAUUUAUGUAGAUUGGCACCGCCAUGAUAGUCGGCAUAGAAACAUGCUCAUUCGGAAAGGAAUUUUACAGAGUUUAAAAAGUGUUACAAACAUCAAGUUGGGAAGAAAAGCAUUUAUUGAUGCCAAUGGGAUGAAAAUUCUAUAUAACACUUCACAAGAAUGUUUGGCAGUCAGGACUCUUGAUCCUCUUGUCAACACCUCCAGUCUGAUAAUGAGGAAGUGUUUUCCAAAAAAUCGCUUGCCACUUCCAACAAUUAAAAGUUCUUUCCAUUUCCAGUUACCAGUUAUUCCUGUGACUGGCCCUGUGGCUCAGCUCUACAGUUUACCCCCUGAAGUGGAUGACGUAGUAGAUGAGAGUGAUGACAACGAUGAUAUUGAUGUAGAAGCUGAGAAUGAAACCGAGAAUGAAGAUGACUUAGAGCAAAAUUUUAAGAAUGAUGAUAUUGAAACAGAUAUUAACAAACUGAAACCCCAGCAAGAACCAGGACGAUCAAUAGAAGAACUAAAAAUGUAUGAACACCUUUUCCCUGAGCUUGUUGAUGAUUUUCAGGACUAUGAUUUAAUCUCCAAGGAACCAAAACCUUUUGUAUUCGAGGGAAAAAUACAUGGUCCUAUUAUUGUUCCUACGGCAGGAGAAGAAGCAUCUGGGAAUUCAGACAUCUUAAGAAAAGGACUUGUAAUGAAGGAGAACAGACCUCCUAAAGGAGACGAAGGUGAUGAGAAACCUGCCCUUAUGGAUCUAGCAAAAGAAGAUAGUAAAGAUAAUGACAGGACAUUGCAGGAGCAGCCAGGUGAUCAAAAUAGAACUCUUCCAUCAGUCCACGGUCUAAACAAUGAUAUUGUGAAGGCCUUAGACAGAAUUACAUUGCAGAAUAUUCCUUCUCAGAGUGCCCCAGGAGUGAAAAAGGACCACGGUCUCCCUCUUACUGUCCUUGCUUGCACCAAAGCUUGUCCACAUGUCUCUACUUGUGGAAAUAUUCUGUUUGAGGGAAGAACGGUUCACCUAGGGAAGCUUUGCUGCACUGGAGUUGAAACUGAAGAUGAUGAAGAUUCUGAAUCUAAUUCAUCAUUGGAACAAACAUCAGUUGAAAUACCUGAUGGACCAACACUCCACGACCCAGAUCUGUAUAUUGAGAUUGUAAAAUAUACGAAGUCUGUCCCAGAAUAUUCAGAGGUGGCUUAUCCUGAUUAUUUUGGUCACAUUCCACCUCCAUUCAAAGAGCCUAUUUUAGAAAGGCCCUAUGGUGUGCAGAGGACAAAAAUUGCCCAAGACAUUGAGCGGCUAAUACAUCAGAGUGAUGUCAUAGAUCGUGUGGUAUAUGACUUAGAUAACCCAAAUUACAUCAUUCCAGAAGAAGGAGAUGUUUUGAAGUUUAACUCCAAAUUUGAAUCUGGGAAUCUGCGUAAAGUAAUUCAAAUUAGAAAAAAUGAAUAUGAUCUUAUUCUGAACUCAGAUAUAAACAGCAAUCAUUAUCAUCAGUGGUUUUACUUUGAAGUCAGUGGAAUGCGUCUAGGUGUUGCUUACCGGUUUAACAUCAUUAAUUGUGAAAAGUCCAAUAGUCAGUUUAAUUAUGGUAUGCAGCCACUCAUGUAUUCGGUUCAGGAAGCAUUAAAUGCCAGACCGUGGUGGAUUCGUAUUGGGACUGACAUUUGUUAUUAUAAAAAUCACUUCUCAAGAAGUUCAGUUGCUGCAGGUGGGCAAAAGGGAAAAUCCUACUAUACAAUUACAUUCACUGUCAAUUUUCCGCAUAAAGAUGAUGUUUGCUACUUUGCUUAUCACUACCCAUAUACAUAUUCAACUUUACAGAUGCAUCUUCAAAAAUUGGAGUCAGCACACAAUCCUCAGCAAAUCUAUUUUCGAAAAGAUGUGUUGUGUGAGACCCUGUCUGGAAACAGCUGCCCCUUGGUGACUAUAACAGCAAUGCCAGAGUCUAAUUAUUAUGAACAUAUCUGUCAAUUCAGAAAUCGCCCUUACGUUUUCUUAUCUGCUCGGGUACAUCCUGGAGAAACUAAUGCAAGUUGGGUUAUGAAAGGAACAUUGGAGUAUCUCAUGAGUAAUAACCCUACUGCUCAGAGCUUACGAGAAUCCUAUAUUUUUAAAAUUGUCCCUAUGCUAAAUCCAGAUGGUGUCAUCAAUGGAAAUCACCGCUGUUCUUUAAGUGGAGAGGAUUUGAACAGACAGUGGCAGAGUCCAAAUCCAGAUUUACAUCCUACGAUUUACCAUGCCAAAGGGCUACUGCAGUACCUGGCUGCUGUGAAGCGUUUACCCCUGGUUUACUGUGAUUAUCAUGGCCAUUCCCGAAAGAAAAAUGUAUUUAUGUAUGGCUGCAGCAUCAAAGAGACAGUGUGGCAUACAAAUGAUAAUGCAGCUUCGUGCGAUGUUGUGGAAGACAUGGGAUACAGGACUUUGCCUAAGAUACUGAGCCAUAUUGCCCCAGCAUUUUGCAUGAGCAGCUGUAGCUUUGUAGUGGAAAAAUCUAAAGAAUCUACAGCACGUGUUGUAGUUUGGAGGGAAAUAGGAGUACAAAGAAGCUAUACCAUGGAGAGUACUUUGUGCGGCUGUGACCAGGGAAAAUACAAGGGUUUACAGAUCGGUACUCGAGAAUUGGAAGAGAUGGGAGCAAAAUUUUGUGUUGGUCUUUUGCGUUUGAAAAGACUGACUUCCCCAUUGGAAUAUAAUAUGCCUUCUAGCCUGCUUGACUUUGAAAAUGAUCUAAUUGAAUCAAGCUGCAAAGUGACAAGGAAACUUGCCAGCUCUGAACUCCAAUUUUUGCCUCCAAUCCUUUGAGAUUGCUGUGAAAGCUCUGAUGACUUCUCUGCCUCUAACAGCUGCCCUUGCUUGGCCUUGGUUUCCACUGGACUUUGUCCCAUACACCUUUUCUUUUUGCUGAUUUUGCUUUGUAUCCUUUCACUGUAAAUAAGUCAUAACUGUGAAUAUGACAGUGUAUUGAGUCCUGUGUGUCUUCCUAGCAAAUCACUAAACCCAAGGAGUCUUGGGACUCAUAAUAUACCUGCCCAGUCUGAAUUUCUGUUAAGGUUGGUUAUCUAUCUUAAAAAUUCUAAUGUUCUGAGAAUGAUCAGAGAUGGAUGGUAUUGUGAUCUUUUUACAUAUGUGUGCAGCUGAGGCUCACAGAGGUGAAUUUAUUCCAGAUCAUUCACCUACCAAUUCUUGACAGAAGCAGGAAUUGGAGCCAGGUCUAACUCAAAAAUCCCCCUGUUCUUAAAUGUACCAGUGUCAGUUUUUUAAAUUCUCUUGUGUGGUUUGGGUAAUUUAAUCAUUUAAACCCUCUCAUUAUGUGUAAGGAAUGUUUUUAGAUUGAUACCAAGGUAAAUAGAGUUUAGUGACUUAAUUACUGCUUCACAGAUCCAGCUUAGUUAUGUAGACGCUCCUCAACAUAUGAUGGGCUUAUGUCCCAGUAAACCCAUCUAAGUUGAAAAUAUCAUAAGUCAAAAUGCAUUUAAUUCAUCUCACCUACCAAAUAUGAUUCUUCAGACUAUCAAACAUGCUCAGAACACUUACUUUAACCUACAAUUGGGCAAAAAUCAUCUAACACAAAGUCUGUUUUAUAACAAAGUGUCAAAUAUCUAAUUUAUUGAAUACUGUACUGAAAGUGGAAAACAAUGGUUUUAUAACAUUGUAAAGCUGAUAAAUCUUAAAUUGAACCAUUAUAACUUGGAGACUGUCUGCACUUUUCUAUCAAUAAAAUAUAAAUUUUGCAGAUUUUUUUCUUUUAUUCAAAUAGAUGUUAUGUUGCUGGAUAUUCUGUGCACUAGUUCUCUGUGUGUGUGUGCGGGUGCAUGUAUGUCUGUAUGCUGUAGCCACUGAAGACAGAAAUUGUUAAUUUUUUAUGGAUAACUUUGUUUACUUUGUGAUAUUUAGGAGAUGUUAUAUGUGUAUUUAUCUCUCGUAAGAUAGGAUUAAAAUUAUAUUAAUUCCAGAUAAAAAUAAAAUAUCCUGUAGUAUUUGUGCAGAUAGGAAGAUUUUUUUCACCUUAGCUCUGACAUUUUAGCACAAGAAAACCAGACCACCUCUGAUAAUUUGGGCAAUGGAAUAUUUUUCUAUCUGUGCAUCAGUUUCAGAAAUUCUUUCCCAUGAUAUCUUUAUUAUGCCUUCUCACAAAAGACAGAUUUUUCUCAAAAUUAUGUAAGAGUGCAGUGUUAAGGGAGCAUUCUGAGUUGCAAACAUAGAGGGAAGUAUUUUUAAUCCUAUCUGCUUGGGACAGCUAUUGCCUGGGCUCUGUAGGAAUUGAGAAAGCUUGAUUUACUCUUCUCUUUAACAAGGUAGGUUUUAUUAUUGUCAUAACAUUUUAUAAUUGUACAAUUAAUGGUUUAUAGAUACUUUCACAUUUAUUACCUAACUUGAGCCCAACAACAUUGUGAAGAUUAAUAUUGUUGUCUCUGCUUUACAUGUGAGAAAACUUGUACUUGGAAAGAUAAGUGACUUGCUCAGGGUCGCGUGCUGGUUAGUAGAAUAGAAGCACAGACACACGAUUUCUGCCCCUGUAUGUAGCUUUUGUUUCUGUUGUGCCUGUGCAGGAAAUGGAGCUGAAGAUCUACAUUCUGGUAUCUCGGAAGACAAAUCAGGUCUAACAAAGUAGAUGGCAUAUACAGUAGAACCUCCAUAGUUGACCACCUCCCUACGUUGACCAUCUCCUUAAACUGACCUAAUUUGCACAGAGGGGAUGCUCUCCAUGUGUACGUGUCAGUAGAGUAGACUUAGGUCCUUAUGUUGGCCACAGUUUGUUACAGUUCCUUGGGCGGUCAAUUUAUAGAGGUUCUGCUGUAUUUUUAGGUUUAAUUUUGUGUUACCCUUAAUAGUUUAACCUGAGGAUAGCCAGAAAACUUUCUCAAUCUGUAUGAUUCUGAAUUUUUUCUGUUAUCUUUAGAAAUCAGUUGGAAUUGUAAACCUUUUCUGCAUCAUAAUGACCCCACACAACAGAGAAUUUAAUUCAUUCAUUUUAUAAGAAAGGCUCUUUGAGUGAAAGUUUUGAUGUUUUUCUUGAAGCAGCAUGAGCAGAAUUUGUUUUUGGCCUAAAAUACUGUGAUUCUCUUUAGAAUGGAAUAUUUCUUCCUGAAUUAUUCUUGGCUUAAUCAUUCUUAUCCUUAAAAUUAAAAUUUAGAAUAGAUGGAUGUUAGCAGGUGUAUAUAAGGCAGCUGUUGGAGAAUGAAGCAAAACCAAGGCUAAAGGAGGAAAUUUAUUUGAAGGAAAUGAAGGGAGCAGGGAAGUGGUGGCAUUAAAACAAAGUAAUAAUUAGACUUUCUAAUGAUUGUGAGAAUAUUUGAAACUCCUAUUGCAUGAUAUAGAGGGAUUAUUUUGUAACCUUAGGGCAAGUUACCUUAAAGUCUUUCUUUUAAGUGAAGAUUGUUAUUAGAAUCAUAUGAGAUAAUGUGUAUGAAGGUACUUCCUAAAUUGUAAAGUUCUCAAAACAUAUGUUGAAAUUAUUAAUAAAA